UGAACGAAACUGAAUUCAAGGCAAAACUACCUAACAAUCCAGAGAAUCUGAGAAAUUGCAGCCCAUCAUCAUUCUGUAGCAAGCCUCAACCGCGCCAUAAGCUUAAUCCCUAUAGAGGACUGACCGCGAUUGUUCCAGAUCAGCGGUAUUUCUUCUUUAAUCAAUGCUUGCCUGGCUGUAUUGCUACCACAAAGAAUAAGGACAUGAAAACGACGCCGUUCUCGGGCACCGAUAAAUAUAUAUCGAUCAAAACCGAUACGGAUUGUUGGCCGUAUACAAAGCCAACCCAACGACAAUCUCAAAAACAAUCAAAAGUGGCGAAGCUCAGCCUGAACACAACGUAUCCGUCAUCUUUAAGACUAAAGGGACGUAGGAUUCAGGUAAACACCAUGUUUUAG